AUGCCCCGGAACUUCCAUGAGACAUUUGCCGCCGUAGACGAGCUGUACCGCGAGGGAAGAUUCAAGCGCUUUGGCAUCUCGAACUAUAUGGUACGAUCAAUGCUAUGAGCAUGCAUACGCCUAUCAGCGAGUCUUACACGUCGCUUCGGUCGUUGUUGCAGAGUUGGGAAGUGGCCCACAUUGUUGGGCUCUGCGAAACGAACGGCUGGAUCAAGCCAACGGCAUACCAAGGCAUCUACAACGCUUUGCAUCGUAACGUCGAGCCAGAGUAGGCACCUAAUGAUCUGGGUCUUUGGUCACCUCUGUGCUGUAGGUAUGUUGGCUAACGACUGGCUGCUCCUCACUCUCGGCCGCAGACUCUUUCCGUGCUUGCGCAAAUUCGGCAUAUCCUUCUACGAGUUCAAGCCACUCGCGGGGGGUCUCUUCACCGGUCGUUACAGCAGCCUGGAUAUGCAAGUGGAUAAAGGAUCUCGGUAAGGUCUGAAGGGAGUCCUCACAGACAUCCACGGAUCUGACUCACUGCGCAAUAUCCACAUCAGCUUUGACCUAGCGACGGGCCAGGGGCAAGGCUACCGCAAGCGGUACUUUAACGAUCACUACUUUGAUGCUCUUGCUCUUAUUGAACCUGUGGCAAAAAAGAACAAUUUGUCCAUGUGCGAGGUGAGUUACCCCUUCCGGACCGAGUGUUUCGGGGAUGCAGGGGGCUGAAGUAUUGGUUAUCACGCUGGAUGCCCAGGUUGCUCUUCGCUGGAUCAAUCACCACUCGUUGCUCAAGCGGGAACACGGCGAUCAAAUCCUUAUUGGAGCAUCCUCCAACAGCGACCUCGAGUCCAACCUGGUCGAUCUUGAAAAGGGACCCCUCCCCGAGGAAGGUGAGUCUUUGAUUCAAACGGCGCAAACUUGGACGUUUCGCUGACAUUCGGGAGGGACCUGAUUGUACCUGUAUCUAAGUCGCCAAGAUUCUCGAUGAAGCGUGGGAGAUCGUUCGUCCUGUUGCUACCAAAGUGAGUGACAUUGGCGGAACAGAGUUCGAGCAAAUGUUGAUGGCUCAAGUUGCGUCGGUCAACGGAUUCUGCCACUAA